AUGGGCAUACUCUACGCUUCAACCUUCACAGAAGCGCCUCUCUAUGAUGCGGAUGCUGUCAGUAUCAUGGACAGUUCCCAGCCAGCCACGACUCCCUCAAUCAUCCACGUGGACAACGUGGAUGGUGAUGACCAUCCUCCUUGCCGCUCAAGCGACGCAGAAUUCGACCUGGCGUCAGUUGAAUAUGGCCUCUGGCUGCCGGACCGACACGACCGCUUCUUGUCAGAGGUGAUCGCUAUGAGUCACGAUGAGCUCCUGGCUCUCGCUUUAGCGGAGAUGACCCCUGAGAAGGGCACGGAGGCGAAUCCAAUUGACCUCACCGAAGACAUUGCGAAGCUCAUACCAGACGGUCUGGGAAGCCUCUCGUGCGCCACGCUUGAUAGCGGCAACUCUUGUCACUGCUCAAACCUCCCCACCACGGCUGGAAAACAGCAGGCCCAACUAUACCGACCGCCGUCGACCGACUCACUAUUUUCGCCACCGAGCCUGCGAGCCUCGCCUGGUUCUCCAAUCCCACAGGGGAAAAAACGCAAGGCUUGCUCAGUCAAUUUUUCCAGGACGUCAAAACGCGCCAAGGCAAAACAGUCGAGCGCCAUGCGGCCACACGCUGCGUCUGCUCGCCCAUCAGCUCGUUAUUUGCACGAAGAGAAGGUGUUCUUGCGAUUGGAGAAGAUUUUCGUGACUUUCGGAACGCAAAGAGACGAGUGUCACUGGAAGAAGAGGCUGGCGUCAUGGUCAUCGGGUUCUGAUAACUUUGCGGACAUCCGUUGGAUGUUCGAGGAACACAGCGACGCUGUGUCGGUUCAAGUUCGACCCGAUGGUGUCGGGCACCUGGUGGAAUUGGCAUGGGAAGGCGAGGGCCAAUGUUUUAUCGGCAAAACUUUGGACGAAAAGUGGAUCGAGGUAUCAAGUGAAGUGAUGUUGGCUAUGCACGACAACCCUCUUGACGGCCAGUUUGUGGGGAGCCGUUGGGAUUGGAGGCGGUCUGGGAAGUGUGCUCGAAAUGGAGAUUAG